AUGAGAGGCCAACAGAAACCCACUACCGCUCCUCGCGUUUCAUUCGGCAUCGAGCUGGAAUUCGUUGUUGCGUAUGUCUUCGAUGGCGAAGCAGACCCGGACGAAGAUAUCAAGGAUGGCAUCCAACCCCUGCUGGUCAUCCCAAGAGUCGCAGAAGACACAUCGACCUUAUCCUCCGAUUCCAAGGGCAAAGGGAAGGCCAACCAAGGGUUCAGGCCUGUCGUCCCCCCGACGCCCUGGAUCUUCGAACAGAUCCGCAAGGCCCUAGCCGAGGCUGGUCUGCCUGUGUUUGGAGGAACCGAGUAUAUGCCGUUGGGAUCUGUCCAACAAAAGCACAGCGAGAAGGCCAUGUCCUCAUUUCGGUUGACCGAGGAGUACACGGUGAGCGAAUUCGACAUUGACGGGUACAGGUUCCAGGGGGUUGAGUUGGUCUCGCCUGCCAUGUACGACAUGCCCCUGUCGUUUGACCUCAUUCGGCUUGCGGUGAGUACUAUCACGACCAAAUUUCGCUGCCGUGUGAAUCCUACUUGCGGUUUCCACGUUCAUGUUGGCGCCGGCCCAACCGAGAGAAUCGAGGCGAGGGCGUUGCGCAAUUUCGCGGCGCUGCUGUGGGCUGCUGAUCCCCUCAUCAGCCGUCUCCACGCACCCUGGCGAUCCGUCACAAAGUAUAGCCAGUCCGGACGUGUGAACGAAGCGACUGCGUUGGGACGGAACGAGGGGCCGUCAGAUUCACUUUUGGACAAUUUGGGUGAAGGCGGCGUCCCAGUCGGCACAACCAACAGCCUGCCCAGGAUACAUUGGAUCAAGAGAAGCCAUUUGAAACAGGUUAAGUACUUUGGAAGAGACAGGCAGCUCGGUGAUUCCGUCAAUCCGGAUACUGAUCAGAGAGCACAGCAGCGCGAGGUCGACUUUGAUACAGUCGACGACGUCGCGGUCCUCAAAGGCGACCCUUGGACACGUCGAACCCCCCUUCCUCCUCUUGGAAGCAAGCGCAGCUCGGCGUCCCUUCCGACCGAUGAUUUCGGGUCACCCAAGCUUGACUACGACCCUCCGGUUCCCCGACCGCAGACUUGGGACCGACCCCACAGCAAGGACCACCUCACGGCUGUUGCACCGCCGAGACCGCGACCGCCGCCGAUUGAACGUCUAUACCCGAGGAUCCCCGGCACGAUGCGAGAAGACCGCCGCCUCGACCCCGAGUUCCUCGCGCCACACCUUUACCGUCACGACCGCGGUGGCGAUUUGGACAACCCAGGCGCGCGCCUCCCCCCUAAACGGUCAGACGUCAUGUCCGGCGUGCGAGACCUCCUCGCCGCAGACAUGACCUCCGCGCAGAUCGGAGAGAUGAUGCGGAGUACCACGGCCGUGAAGCACAUCAACUACAACUUCUCCGGGUACACCCUCACUUCGCUCGGAAACCUGCGAGCGUACGCCGACGGCGUCAGGGUCACCCCCGGGGACAGGUACGACGCCAAGAGCAACACCGUCGAGUUCAGGGAGGCCGCGGGCACGCUCGACAUGCAGUGGAUCGCGACCUGGGCCAAGAUCUGCUGCAGGCUGCUGGAGUGGUCCCGCGACGCGCCGCCGGCGGAGUUCAUGGCCGUCGUGAGGCUUCUGGCGUACGCGCAGGAAGAGAAGGGCGCCCAGUACGACGUCAUCGACUUUCUCAUCGACCUGGGACUCUACACCGAGGCGAGGUUCUGCGAGGAGAGGGUCCACAAGGGGGAAGAGGUGUUUUAUGAGUGCUUGAAUUUCGAGCCGACAAACGGAACCUCGAGCGGCGAUUUGCAAGGUGCUUUCGCGGAUCGUGAGGAUGUAGAGAUGGGCGGGAUGGAGGAAUCCUCUGACGUCGGCAAAAAGGAUGUCGACGGAAAGGGAGGUGAUGGGGAGGUCAACAGCGGCUCGGCGGAAGAGGCUGGAGAUGAUGUUGACGAUGGUAAGUCCGCGGCUACUGAUUCUGGUGCCGGGGUCGGUGAAAAGAAUCUGUGA